UGACAAAUUCGGUUUCUAAACAUCCAUUGAAUUUCACAACACAAAAAAUAUUUUUUUGUUGCUUUCUUAACAAUGUUUAGCUGUAUUUUAUCAGAAAAGACCAGUUUUGGGUUGCAACCAACCGGUAAAGAUCCACUGGAAUGAGCUAUAAAAAUGUCACUCUUCUUGAUUCUCCGACCAUUUGAAGCAUGUCAGAUAUGAAGCAAGUAUGAAGGUUAUGUACAGAAUGAUUUGAAUGAAUGACAGAAGAAGGGAUUUAGGAACCAAACACUGAAUUGUCAGACUGCUUGCCGAAUUGCCAACCACAGGUGAAGUAUCCAAAGUAACAUGCCACAACAAUGACGCCCUCUUUCCAAAUUCCAGACAGUGUAUUUGGACUCUUUAGUCUAAAGCAAUAACAACAACAGCAGCAGUGAAAGUGGCAAUGUGUGAGGCAAACCAACUGAGCCACCACUCUUACAAAUACAAAUAAACAGUUAUAUAUAAAAUUAAAACUGAAGUCCAGGGGGCUGUUCCAUAAAAGCAGCUUAGAAAAGCGGGGAUUAAAGUCCAAAACCUGACUUGAAUGAGCCGAGCUAAACAUCCGCGCUUAAAUUGGUUCCAUAACAGUAAGUUGAGGAUCAUGUGAUUUUACUAAUUUGAGUCAGGUUUAAAUAGUCUAGAUAAUUGCGCGUGCACGCCAUUGUUUAAAAGUCCUGAAAAGUCGAGCAUGGGUCAAUCGAUUUACUGUGGGCUACCAUGGCAACAAAAGGAAAAGAUAGAGCAGCGAUGUUCACGGCAACGGAACAGCGUUUGCUAUUGGAAACAUAUGAAGAAUUUAAAGAUGUCAUCACCAAAAAAAGGCAAUACAGCGGCAAUAAAUAAAGCAAGAGAGAAAGGUUGGCAGGAAAUUGCUGAUCGUCUCAAUGCCAACUUAAGUGAAGGAAAAAGAACCUGGCAGCAGGUGAAAAUAAAAUAUAAAAAUAUAGUUCAGAAUGCGACCAAAAAGAAGACUGAGGUUGCUGGCACUGGGGGAGGGCCACCACCAGCCAGCUUCACUCCUGCAGAGGAGCUGGCUUUGGAAAUUAAUAAAGGGAGGCCCGUCCUUGAGGGAAUAGAGGGGGGGACAUCAUCUAAAAUGAUAUCACGUAGUAUAAGGAGUGAGUAUAUAAAAGAUUCUGUAUGCUGUAUGGAUCCACCAGACAUCAUGUUGCCUUGGUCACAGGGAGAAGUGAUGGGAGUUGAGGAGGAUGAGGAGACUGUGUCUGUAUGUUCAAGGAGGCCUGAGGAUGCUGACACUGUUCUAGAGCCCUCUCAGUCUGGGACAACAUGUGACAAAAACCCAGAAAACAUAAAAGGAGUGUAUAAACGCUACCUCCUUAAACAAAUGGAAGUGAUUGAUAUCGACAUCCAGUAUAAAAAACUGAAGAUGAGGAAGUUGGAGCUGGAAAUUCAACAGCUACAGAAAAAUGCAAGUAGAACUACCAUUUUUAAAAAAGGAAAAGAAAAAAAAAAAGCCCUUUUUGAUCACUUUCCACAACAUUUAUUUGUGUUUUCACCCCUAACAGGCUGAUUCAAUCUGAAUAAAGACAAAUCACAUUAUA